GAGCUCGAGACCGCGCUCGACGCCGUUCGUUUGGCGAGCACGCUGUGUCAGGAGGUGCAGGCGCAGCUGAUGCGCAUGGACGAACAGGCGGAGACGAAGGAGGAUCGAUCGCUCGUGACGCUCGCCGACUACGCGGCGCAGGCAAUAAUCGUGUGGCGAAUCUCGCAAGACUUUCCGGAUAUGACGCUCGUCGGCGAGGAGGACGCCGAGGCGCUCACCGAAGGCGGCGAAGGCGGCGCCGCGACGCUGGCGAAGAUCGUGGCGUUGGUGAAUAAGACGUUGAAGACUCACAUUGGGGAUGAUGCCGUGGAAUUGAGCUCGCAAGACGUGGUGAGCGCGAUCAAUAAAGGAAAGAGUACGGGCGGGGCAAAGGGCAAGCAUUGGAUUUUGGAUCCGGUGGACGGGACGCUCGGUUUCGUGCGAGGUGAUCAGUACGCCAUCGCGCUGGCGCUGAUGGACGAAGGCGAUUUGAAGGUUGGGGUCAUGGGGUGCCCGAACAUGCCCAAGCAAGGAGACGUAUUGGAAUUUGAGACGAGUUACAGUUACGGCUUUUCGCCGAGGUUGGUGUCAAAGAUGCUCGCAGGCGACUCGCUCGGUUGGUACAAGGGCUGUAUUUUCACCGCCGUGCGCGGCCAUGGGUCAUACAUGUUCCCUGUUGACGAGGAGCUAAACUUUGAACCGAGUAAGGUGACGGUCAGCGGUGCUUUCGAUCCCCAAAAAGCCAAAUUCACCGAGCCGGUGAUGAAGGCGAACUCGUCUCAGGGUUUCACGGCGGCGGUGGCAACCAACCUCGGUAUCGAGUGCAAACCGUUGCGCAUUUAUUCUCAAGUCAAGUACGGCUCUGUGGCGCGAGCCGAUGCAGACGUUUUCAUGAAGUUUCCCAAGGCUGGGUACAGAGAAAAGAUUUGGGAUCACGCCGCGGGCGUGAUUCUCGUCGAGGAGGCGGGUGGUCGGGUGUCUGACGCUGGUGGCGCGCCGCUCAAUUUUGCCGGCGGGCGUUACAUCGAAGGGUUGGAUCGCGGUAUCAUCGCCGCAUCUAGCGCACUUCACGAACGCCUUCUCGAUGCCGUCGCCAAGUCUUGGUCGUCCUCGCAGCUUUAA